CGAGCCACUCUCCGUCAACCAGUCGCACACAGUCCCGAGACCAGAGCGACCCGUCACAUAGUAUGACAACGUUUUGCGCUACAUUGUGAAAAAAGCACUCGUUUGGAAGUAUAUAUGUACUCAUUGGAUUAAACGGUUCGAAUAUCCGACUAAAGAGGUGGAGUCAAGAGAGACGAGGAGAAACGAGAAGGCAGACAGGUCCGGAGUGACAAGAGAAGAGACCCUACUGCAAGCUGGAGGGUUUAUCCUGGACUGACUGGCAAACACGGGUGUGGCUUCCUGUCUGAAGCCGCUACUGACCUCAGCCCUGCUGUCAUGGCCUCAGCCCUCACACCAUGCAGAAAGCAGCCAUCCUAACCCUCACCCCCCACACGCUCACACACACACACCACACACCGCCGCACACGUGCACAGCCAUGAUGACCACCUCCUACAUGAACGGUUACGUGACUGAGUCAGAUGGCGGGGGAGGUAUUGACGUCCAAGACGAUGUGGUGCAAAAGCAUAGGGAGAUGGCAGUUGACUGCCCCGGGGACCUUGGCGCCCGCACCCUGCCCAUCAGACGCAGCGCUCAGCUGGAAAGAAUCCGCCAGCAGCAGGAGGACCGCAGGAGGCGGGAGGAGGAGGGACGCAAGGAGCUCGACCUCAACUCGUCCAUGCGCCUCAAGAAGCUCUCCCAGAAUCCCAAAGUGGGAAUCGAUAACCCCACCUUUGAGCAAAUGGAGGGUCCCGGAGGCUCCAUAGGAGGCCUGCAAAGCCUUACCGCACCACCCGCUUUACUAGAGCUAGAGGACCUGCUGAUGUCCCUCAAGCAGGUGCAGCAUUGUUUAAAUGACUCUCAGAGUCAGGAGGACAUGGAGCUGGUUCUCCAGCUGGUCCAGAAGCCUGACUUCCAGAAAGCUUUUAACAUCCACAACGCUGUGGCCCACUAUAUGAACCGGCCCAGCCCUCCCUUUCCCUUGAUGGACCAUGCGCAGACCCUCACACAAGAGGUCCAGGCCAUGCUGCACAACAGCUCACAGAAGGAGGGACUGGAGCUAAACAGCCUGCUCACAACUCCUCACAUGCAGGCGCUUAUGAUGGCCCAUGACAGCGUGGCUGAACAAGAGAUGCAGCUGGAGCCUCUCGUUCCUUCCCUCAAUUCAAGUGAGACUCUCACCCAGUGGGGAGGAGAGACUGUCAAGAUCGUGCGGAUUGAGAAAGCCAAGGACAUCCCAUUGGGAGCAACUGUAAGAAAUGACAUGGACAGCGUGAUCAUCAGCCGCAUCGUGAAGGGAGGGGCAGCAGAACACAGUGGCCUGCUGCAUGAAGGAGAUGAGAUCCUGGAGAUCAAUGGUGCGGAGAUCCGCGGGAAAGACGUCAAUGAGGUCUUUGACAUCCUGGCAGACAUGCAUGGCGUACUGACCUUCGUUCUAAUUCCAAGCCCACAGAUCAAACCACCUCCCAUUAAAGAGACAGUGGUGCAUGUGAAAGCACAUUUUGACUACGACCCGUCAGAUGACCCUUACGUGCCGUGUCGAGAGCUUGGCCUAUGCUUUCAAAAGGGAGACAUCCUCCAUAUCAUCAGUCAAGAUGAUCCCAACUGGUGGCAAGCCUACAGAGAUGGAGAUGAAGACAACCAGCCACUCGCAGGCUUGGUCCCUGGUAAAAGCUUCCAGCAGCAGAGAGAGGCAAUGAAGCAAACUAUAGAGGAGGAUAAAGAGCCUGAGAAAUCAGGAAAACUUUGGUGUGCUAAAAAGAACAAGAAAAAGCGAAAGAAGAUGCAAUAUAAUGCAAACAAAAAUGAUGACUUUGAUAAUGAAGAGGUUCUCACAUAUGAAGAGAUGUCAUUGUACCACCAGCCAGCCAAUCGGAAGCGCCCCAUCGCCAUGAUCGGCCCGCCAAACUGUGGGCAGAAUGAGCUCAGACAGAGACUCCUGUCCAGUGAGCCGGACAGGUUUGCUGGUGCUGUCCCUCACACCACACGAAACCGUCGUGAUAAUGAGGUGAGCGGCCGCGACUACCACUUCGUUUCCCGUCAGGCCUUUGAGAUGGACUCUGCGGCAGGCAAGUUCAUAGAGUCUGGAGAUUUUGAGAAGAACCUCUACGGCACCAGCACGGACUCGGUCCGACAAGUUAUCAACACAGGCAAAAUCUGCCUCUUGUGUGUGCAUACUCAGUGUCUAAAGGUUUUUCGCAGCUCGGACCUCAAGCCCUACAUCAUCUUCAUCGCUCCUCCAUCGCAAGAACGAUUGAGGGCGCUGUUGGCUAAAGAUAACAAAAACCCAAAGCCCGAUGAGCUGAGAGACAUCAUUGAGAAGGCUCGCGAGACCGAGCAGAACUACGGGCACCUGUUUGACGCUGCCAUCGUAAACACUGACCUGGAAAAGGCGUAUCAGGAGCUGCUCCGCCUCAUCAAUAAACUAGACACUGAACCUCAGUGGGUCCCCUCAUCCUGGCUGCGCUGAGAUUAACCCCACUCGCACGGUGACUCCUACACAGACAGGUGUAAAUGAAGAGCAGAUCUCACGGUUUCAUCCAAUUGACUUCAUGUAUUUACACUACAAGAUUCACUACUAGAUAAGGACACUAUGUCACCUCAGACCCUGACAGAAGUGUCUGUCUGCACUAUGCUGUCAUCGGGCUGGGGAAAUGUUCGUUUUAUGUCAGUUCGUUUGAUCAUGGUGUGUUUCAGUCUAAUCGCCCACAUUCCAGAGACCUGCGAGAGAGUUAGCAGCACUUAGAAUUUGGGCUUCUGUUCUGCUUUUGUUGACUAUUUAUGAUUGUAAAUAUUCUGUAUGUAUUUUUUAAGACAAAUGUGGAGAUGGGUUUGCAUUGUGAGAGGGAGUCACUGUUUUAAAAAUCCAACUAGAAGGUAUGUGUGAUGGACAAACCACAGGCUCUCCACCAUAAUCCAGGACGGUAUCGACCCCAAACUCCCUUAUUGGUUGACAAAGACGUUUAUAUAGUAAAUACACUAUGGUUCUCUGCUUCAUCGCCUUUACCGUCAGAUUUAUAAAUUUAUAAGCAGGAUAAACAGUACCGGCUUUGAGCUCUUCCAAAACACCAUAAAGCAUGAAGAUUGACUGCAGUAGAACCAGAUGCCUCUUCCAUCUAUCCCUGCAGCGCUGCCUCUGUGUUCCUAUGGCGACCAGCACUGUGAUUAUAUGACCGAGUUUAAUAGUAAACUUCAGGUUAAAUGUUCCUUUGGACAGUCUGUUAGGCCACUCCUGUAACCACUAAGUGUAAGUGGUUAGUCUCAUGUAAGUCUCAGUAUUCACAUGCACUUCCAGCUCGCAGAAGUGUGACCAGUAUUGUAAACAGUGUUUGACAGCAAUACAGUGAUGUUCACGAUCUGAGCGUCAACACGGCCUAGUCUUAGUCAAUACUUCUGCUUGAUUUGUUGAAUGAUUAGUUGUUUUAUAGGCUUGCAACAUGGGCAAGGAUCUGUUUUUAACUUAAAUUGGUAAUGCUCAAAUUUCAUGCUGAACUUUAAGGUCAAUCUCAUAAAUUUUGUUCGGGCUCACGUUUUACCACAAAAUCAAGAGAUUUUUUUGUGUUAUGAAAAUGUCAGGGCAAUUAAGUACAUUUUCCCCAAAAUUCCCAAUACUGUAAUACAAAAUCUCAUUACUAUAAUAUGAAAAGAUUAAAGAACACCAUUGAAGUAUUUGUUGUACUACUAUGAAGUUAAUUUAAAUAAUUUAAUUGAUUAGUUUAAAUAAUUUAAUUACAGUACUUUUUAUUGUAAUACAGUAGAAAUGGCUUUAUUACAGUAAUGAGAAUUGCGAAAAACUGCACAGACAUAUUACAGUAUUGAUAAUUUCGGAGAAAAUCUGCCAAACUGUCAAAUGUCAAAAUGCCAAAAAUCUUAAUUUUAAAAAUAGGCUUCGUGUUCCUAAUGCACAUGUAAUUUGUUAUAAGUUUAAGGUAAAUUGUGAUAUGAUUUAAGAAUUGCCCAUUAGUUUUUUAUUAUUAUUUUGGAUUAUUUAAAGUAUGAAACAUCAGUUCUAUGUUGACGUGUGAUGUGUACGCUUAAGCCUAUAUGCUUGUGAAUGUAUGGUUUUUGUGUAUAUGAGCAAAUGCUGGAAUAUGUAACACAUGAUGAACAGAAAGUAUGUGUACAUCAUUGAAAACAUCCCUUUUUAAAGGAAGGUCUGUGUCGGUUUUUGCAGGCAAGUAUUAUUUCAGUCCAUAGCUGAUUCAAGCACACACUGGAAACGGCUUUACUAGAAUUUGUUCUGCAAAACUGUUUUACCAUUUUGUUUUCUUGAGAUAUCAAUGUGUUUAAAAAGCAUCAACAUUUUUAGUGUACAGAAUAGAUCAGCCAGAACACACCCUUAAAGGGAUAGUUCACCCAAAUAUUCUGUCAUUUACUCACCCUCUUGUCAUUUCAAACCUGUAUGACUUUCUUCCGCAGAACACAUUUUGAAAAAUGUUAACUGGGACCCAUUCACUUGCAUUGGUUUUGUGUCCAUAGAAGUGACUGGGUGCCGGUGUUGAGCCGAAUUUUGACUCUCCGCAAGAUUACGACUCCCGUCAUUGAAACACCUAAUGUUAGUGGGGAAUGGUCGGAGUCAUUUUUCAGCACCACACCGGCACUGUUCAGUUACCAACUUUCUUCAAAAUAUCUUCUGCAUACUGCAGGAAAAAGUCUUUAAGGUUUGAAAUAACAAGAGGGUGAGUAAAUGAUCACAGAAUUUUCAUUUUUGGGUGAACUAUCCCUUUAAGCUUUUUACUCUUGUGCACUACAGUCUGGUUUCUUUUCUUAUUUCUGUUGUGAUUGGGGAUAGAGUUGGUAACCCGCUGUGCAGCACCUCAGUCUCAUGUGAUCUAGUUACAUGCCAGUGAACUGGAAGUAGAAUUAAUGAAUGUAAAAGAAAAAUCACCUUUUCCUUCUCAGCUCUUUUUGUAUGAAUUAUACAAGUGAAUUAAAGUCCAGAUUAUUAGA